ACUUACUAGUGAGGAUGUCAGUGCUGGAUGCUGCCGUCGCUCCGGCAGCCGGACUCAGCUGAUCAGGAGCGAGUUCGGUCGUUUGUGAUGGGUUUUUGCGCUCUGGACCCGCGUGGGGGUGUGGAUUGGAGCUGGAGGGUUUUUGUUUCAUAAGGAUGGUGUUUAGUGAGUCUUUAGCACACAUACAACUCGCUGUGUUGUGUGUGUGUUUGUGUGUGUGUGUGUGCAGGACUGAAACGGUAGGAAUGAUUUGACCUCAGGGAUCCGGCAGAACGCGCUUGACUUUGACUCAGGGUGUGUUUACAAGCUGGAGAGAGUGACUCAGAGGCAGCAAAGGGAAGGUAACGCCAUGCGAUGAGAUGAGGACGUCCGUCUAGGGGCUUCAUGACUGCCCCGAGAUGGGGAACAGCAUCCAGAAGAAGAAGAAGCUCCACAGAGAGAGGAGCGUCUCGGAAGCGCUGUUCCCGCCGCUGAGCGGCAGCCAGGACAAAUCAAAGGGCUUCUGGCUGUUUGGACGUCCAGACGAUGUGAAAUCAGCCGGCCCGAAGGCCAAUGAAGACCACAAGAGGUUGGCGGUCCAUUACACCACGUCGCAACACUACCAGGAGAACGUCUUCAUCGAGGGCAGCAGGCCUCAGUACCUGGAGGACCUGCACAGCGAGGCCCAGGAGGGACUCAAGAUACAGCAGCAGGAAGAAAACAAGAAUGGAGUGAACUAUCCUGAUGAUGAGAGCGUUGCAUCCACCGCCUGCCUCCAUCAGGAGCCCGAUAUCAGCUCCAAGGACAAAGAUUGCUCUCCUGAGUCGGAAUCCACCGCCGAGAACGCUGCUGACACCACAGCAACCUCUGCUGUGUCGACGAGGCCCGUGCUCACACGUCAAGGUUCCACAUUCAAGCCCCUGAACCCAGUGAAAAGGGCAGAUAAGAGCAAGAAGAGGAACAGGAGAACCACAAUCAUGGGUAUUCCCAACCAGGUCCAGAAGGAGCUCGCACUGCACAGGAGCUCCACAUUCCAGCCUCUUGUUCCUUCCCAGCCCCUUAAUCAAGAGGAACAGGUUGCUGACAGCCAGCCGGGUGUUGUUAUCAUACCUACGGUGGAUGGACUCAGUCCAGGAGCCACUAAAGACGGAGCGAGAGUGAACCUUUCAGAGCUGGAGCAGGCAUCCAGAAGUCAGCAGCUGCUGUGGAGCCACCUGCAGCUCGUGUACCAGGAUGAGCAGCCGUUUAACAACAAGAGCUUUGGUUCCCAUCUCUGCCAAAGUUCCAACCUCAGACCUAAGUCUGUCGCCGUCCCUGGGCUGAUUAGUUCCUCCUCCUUCUCUUCUUCAACAAUGCUCAGCUUCCUUCAGGAACCUCAGGGUCCAGUGAUGUCUAUAUCCCCCCAGGCCACCUACAUGUCUACAAUCAUCCCUAAUGCAGUAUUGCCAGCCUCUGUUGAGGUCAUUGGAAUUGACCGCAGCAACAGACAAACUCGCGGCAGCAGCGUGAACCAUGGCAGCAGCGUCCGCGCUGUGAGCAAAAGCAGCCUAGCGUCUGCGGACUUGUCUGUCAGCCCUCUGUUGUCCAGAAAGUCAGAUGGUCACCUUUGCCACGCCGUCGAUUCUCAGAACGCCUCCGUGGUAAUGCCCACGUCGGCUUCAGGAUCAAACCUGAGCGAGUCACAAUCUUCAGAGACAGUUAUUUCAAACCCGUCACCAGCUUCCUCGAAGCGAAGCGCACGCAGCUGUACCUCACAGAAGGUGGAUCAAAAUGGAGACCAAGACCGUGCCAGUCUUCAUAGCUCCCUCAGCAGGGUCAGUAGUCCCAGCACCAAGAGUGGGAGCGUUACAGAACCAGAUUCCGAGUCUGGUGUAACAAGGUCAGUAACCACUGACGAAGACGCAAAGAACAAGCGCAAUUCCUCUCGUAGUCUGUCCAUUACAAAGACUAAACAACCCCCAGCACCUCCCAGGAGAACAAACUCUUUACAUAAUAACAAGAUCACGAUCAACACCAGGGUUUUGGUGGAGAGCAAAGACCUAAAUGACUCUGUUUCCAGAAAGGUGGAAACUAAUACAGAAAAUAUAAAAGAAAAGGAUGAGAUUAAGUUGGUUAAUUUAGUCCCCAGCCUUGUAUCGAAUGCUGCAGGGUCUCCAGAUGUGGCCUCCAGCUCUUCAAGCGCCACACGGGUAACAUCUGAGGCAGGAGGACCAGCUGAUCCACAUCCAGAACCCAGCCACACCUCCCCUCAGAAAACUCCCUUGGAACUGGGGAAAUUUGAAAGGACCAUGUCCCCUUCCAGUGGUUACUCCAGUCAGAGUGGAACACCAACACUUUCUCCAAAAGGAAUCUCCCCAAGCUCCCCAGACAAAGACAGGUCGAAACCAGUCAAACCAGAGAGAUCCGCCUCACGGGCUUCAUCCUCAGCAGCGUCUCCUUCCUGCUCUCUCACUUCCCUAUCGUCCGGUACAUCCGAGCCCAUCUCUCCAGAUGUUUCCUCACACACCCCAAGUCUGCCUCAACAAGCGUCUCCAGUUAUUGUCUCGGCAAAAGAACUCUCUCCGAAUAAAACCUUUUUGAAUUCGAGAGCCGAAUUCAGAGAGCUGUUGAAUAUCCCACCACCUCCAAAAGUCAAAGCGCCCUGUCCUCCUCCUCCAGAGACCUGGGUUCAUAACAAACAGACCUUUGAGCUUCUAUGUGGGCCUUGUCCCAGUGCUAACAAAAUAACCCAGAAACAGGACAAAGACUUUAAACAGAGAGGAACCCAGACUGAAAAUAGCAAAGAGAUGCAGGUUUUAGAUGAAAAGCAGACAAUUGUAGAAAGGCCUUCCUUGUCAGAAAGCAAAGUAAAGUCAGGGAUGUUGUUAACAUCGCAUACUGAAGGCGCCCACAUGGAGCUACAGGACAAGGAAGGAGCUGCAGACGUUCAAAAACAAGAACAAAGUAACAGCACUGUAUCAAGUCGAGAGACAACUCCAAAGAAGGAUCCUCCUCCUGUCAUGAAGAAACCCACAUUGGUCCCGUACAGAGGAGAGGCAGUGUCAACAGAGCACACACCUGAUAAGCAUCAAGGAAUUACGGAAACAAGCACAAUCAAAGUUGAUUCACCUCUGGAGAACCAUCCAGCCGCUCCUGGGGUUGUGAUUUUAGUUGAGAUGGACAAAAGUGAGGCCGAAUCCCUGCAAUCACCUUCAGCACAGGUCCCUGUGAUUAGUAAAUCGUCACCUCCACCCACCCCCCCUCCAGCCUACCAUCCCACGCCCCCUCUCUCAAGAAGGACGCCUCCAUCGUCAAUAUCUAUGCCACCAGAUGACUUACAGGAGGUACAGGAGGAGAGCCCCAACGCAGAGUCCUGCUGGCCACCACCUCCGCCUCCUUUGGAGGGGGACCCUGUCUUUGACGGAGCGGAUGAGGUGGACUUCCCUCCGCCUCCCCCAGUCUUUGUGACGGAAAGUGUGCCAGAUGUGAUCGACCUUUGUGUGACAAAGCUGGACAUCUUAAGACCCACAGAGGAGGUUGGACAAACAGUAGAGGCUUCCAGUAAAACAGGGGCGACUGUACCUGGACUAAUAGCAGAUGUGACACCUGCAGUAACUGAUAGCGGAGCUGACGCUGUCUUGCAAGUUUCAAAAGGCGACAGUGCUGAUGCGAUUUCUUGCCAAGUGAAUGUUUUAGAACAUUUUCCACCAUUACCAGCUGAGGCACCGCCCUCUACACCAAUUACAGCGCCAGAGAAUCUUGUCACACCCUCUGCUUUAAGUGUUUCAAGCAGUUGCGUGAGGUCAGACUCUAUAAAAGCUGAUGAUCAAUCUCCCCUCACGCUGCCAGUCAGUGCCCAACUUCCAGUUCCAAGUACGAUUCCAUUAGCGCCCCCUCUUCCUACUGAGAGUCUAAUCCAUGGAAUCAACUUCAGAAGGCAGUCUGGUGCCGCGAGCCGAGACACCAGGAGCAAGGAGCUGCUUCUGCGCCACAGGAGUGCACCCAUUCCUAAAGAGGAUGCUAACAUACCCCUUGUCACCCCCUCUCUGCUUCAGAUGGUUCGCCUUAGGUCAGUCAACAUGACUGAAGAUCCAGUAAGCACUCCUCCUGAGGACAAGACAACAAAUGAGGAGGCGGCAGUUCAGGACAUUUGCCCACUAUCAAUCAAAAUCCCACAAAAGCCCAUUCGUAAGUCUUUGUCUCUAAAGUCACCACCUCCAACAGUAAAAACACCAGCUGUGACCCUAAGCACUCCAUCCAUGCGCUUGCAGGAAGCUGUACGUAUAAAAACUGCAGCCAUGUCCUCAAAAGACAGCCUUCCAUCCCGACUGGGUGUGAGAUCGCAGAAUUACAGCUAUGUCAGUGAUGCAGGAGCUCUGUCUUUGAAAUCAGCAGAGGGAUGUGACAUGAACCAGUCCCCAGCUUCUUCUGCCAGCUUUGUCUUCUCCAAGAGCACAAAAAAGGAGCCUGCAGCUGCCCCUUCCGCUGAUCUCAGUCUGAAGCAACGGUUAGCAGCUGAUUUAAUGGAGGUUUCUGACCAGUCAAGGACAGCUGCUUUCUCCAACGGUGGAGUGAAGUGUGAUAAAGUUCCUCCACCGGUUGCUAAGAAACCAGCACACGGCAACAGCAUCCAUGCACAGAUUCACCCCGGAAAUGGAGCAAUACAAGUACAACAUACGAGUGGAAUAACACCUCCUGAGACGACGACCAGAGUGACAGCGGACACAAUCGAAACCCUGUUUUAGAAGAGCUUUUGUUGUUGUCAGUCAAGACUCAUAACAGAAGACCAAGAGCAAGAAAGCAAGAAACUCGCAACAAAGACUGAAAUUAGAAAUGUUAAGCUCAACUGUAUGAGUGUUGUUGUGUUAAGUCUUCUCCAAAAGCCUUAGCCUUUAAUGGCCUUCUUAUAUAUUUAUGCAAAAAAGGUUUUGCUCCCAGUUUCUUAUAAUAGCUUUAUUCUGGAGUAUUUUUCUAACCUAUUGUUUAUUGCUCAUUAAAGGCCCCUCAGGUUACAUUAGUGUACAUUGGCUAAACUGUAAAUAUUUGGCUUGUGUGAGGUCGCCACCCAGAGGCUGGAUGAGGUAGUGGUCACUGCAGUACAGAAUUGAAACUUUACUGACUAAGCAUUUAAGUAAAGAAGUUCAUUGUCUGUUACGUCUUUCCCUCCCUGUUAUUUACAUACAUUGAUGAUACAUGAUACAUACAUUUCAUGUGGACAGUGACAUCUACAAGGAAAAUCAGCAGUUCAUUACUUCCUCGGUUGGGAAAACAGAGCAACAAACGGUUGUUCUAUUGUUGCUUAUGCCAGAGUAGAUACACUUUGUAAGAACAAAGGCACUUUGCAAAUCAUCUAAUUAUGUCAUUUGGAUGCUUCCACACAAUCUGCAUUUUGCAACAACAGCAACACAAGUAUCUCAUUUAUUUAUGUGUGGAUGUUUCCACUUGUAGCACUGUCAGUCACCUUUUCUGACCAAAAUGAAAUAUUUAACAAUCUGUGUCAUCUUAACUCUACUUUUAGGGCUAAAGGCGUGAAAGUUGUCCCUUAAUUAUGAUUCAUACACUGGAGUAGUGUGAGGUCAGUGAUUUUAUUGAAGUGUUGUGUAUCUCAGCUUUUUGGCCCAACCCUCUUUAGUGGAAAAAAAUAUCCAGCUCUUGACUAUUUGCACGAAGUAUUUUUCUCCAGCAAGAAAUAUACAGACUUGUCAGAUUAGGUCUAAAACCUACAUUGUGAUCAUGAUAAAGAAAAUUGUACAGUUAUUACUUCUAUAAAUAAAAAUUAAGUGUAUUAA